AUGAGAACUUCAAAAGACAAAAUAGCAAUGUCAUUAGUUAUAAAACCAUAUGAAACUAUUGAAAAUAUUGAUGGCACACCCAUAGAUGCUAAAGAAGUUUUCAACACUGCAAUACUUCUAUUAGGAAAUACAGGCAAAUAUAAAAGAACUAAGUUACGUGCUGGUAAAAGUACUUUAGGAAACUGGCUCUUUGGAUUUCAAGGAGAUGAUCCAAAUGCAACAUUUAAAACGGAGUUUUCUAUGGAACCCGUCACUAGAGAAUGCCAGGCGGGUUUAAUUCGGAUUAAUGAAACAACUUAUAACCUCAUCGAUACUCCAACAGUAUUUAACAACCUGGGUUUGAGAGAUAUUAGGAAUUAUGAUGUAUUAAAAAAGAUUGCUGAAACUAUUCUUGUUUGCUCAUACGGAAUUCAAGCAGUGAUUUUCGUUGUUGUGAUUAAAGCAUACCUUGGUGACAAAAUUCUCGAAAACGCCAUUGUGGCAUUUACUAAUCUUAGUAAAAAGCAAACAGAGAAUCUGCAAUUUCCUGAAACUCUCAAUCAAGAAAUGCGAGAUCUUUUGGCAUUUUUUGAUAAUAGGUGGUUUAUCUCGCCUAAUCCGGAAUUGUACAAAAAAGAUAGCAAAGUUGUACUUGACAAUAUGAAAAAGGCUAAGGAGUUGAUAGAUGGGUUUAAGAGUGCAUAUACGACAGCUAUGUUCAACGAAAUUAGGGAGGCAGAUAAUAGAGAGGCAGCAGCUCGUAAGGCGGCAAAUAACGGUUGUUUCAAACUUGACACCAAAGUCAUGCUUAUAAAUAAAAAAGUUGUUCCAAUGUCUUCGGUUCGCAUUGGAGAUCGAGUGUGCUGCGGAACAAUUGAUGGGAAGUUAAAGUUCUCGGAAGUUUAUUCUAUCGCUCAUCGUAGCUUUGAAAUUACCAAUGAAUUUUUAAAGGUUGAAUUUAUGACAAUUGAUGGAACUAGAAGUAAAUAUAAUUUAAUUGCUAUCGUUAUUUUGUUAUCCAAUAUAUCUUUAAUAUCAUUUCAUAUUACUACAGAAGGAUCGCUUUAUUUAACACCAGAGCAUCAUAUAUUCGUUAAUAACAAUUUUGAUUACGCAAAAAAUUUAAAGAAAUUUCACACGAUACAAGUUCUCGUUAACACAAGACUAAUUCAAGCUUAUGUUAUGAAUUGUUCUAGAGAAUAUCAUAAAGGGUACGUUGCAGUUUUUACAAGGUCUGGUACUAUCAUUGCAGACAAUGUACUUUGUUCUUGCUAUGCGGUUUGUCCACCAUAUCAAGGCAUCAUUCAUCUUUCACUAUUUCCACUUCGGCUUUUUCCAAAAUUUGAAUACACUAUUAUAGGUAGUAAUAGUGAAGAAAUUCACCCAUACCUCUAUUUCUUAAUGCGUUUAUAUCAUAUUUUUAAAAGAUUAUUUGAAUUCAUUGAUAUUUCUUCUUGUAACGAUAAUUCACAUUGUAAGAUUUCUUUGCCUAGCAAAACAUAUUGUUCACAAACUUAUAUGCAUGAGUCAAUAAAAGACUAUACUUCAAGGAAAGAUAAUGUAAAAUGA